AUGACCACCCAACGCGCUAUCAUCGUCCUGGGCCCUGGCCGCGCAUCGCUGGCACAAGAUGUCCCGAUACCUGAGCUGCCGGACAAUUACAUUCUUGUCAAAACCAAAGCCGUCGCUUUGAAUCCAACGGACUGGCGUCAUAUUGAUUUUGUCCCCUGUAAGGGAGCCACCGUGGGCUGCGACUAUUCUGGAAUAGUCGAAGCCGUCGGCCCGCACGUCAAAAAGGGGUUCAAGAAAGGCGAUCGAGUUGCUGGGUUUGUGCACGGCAGUAAUGCAGUUCGUCUCAAUGGCGGCGCAUUCGCCGAGUAUGUGAUCGCGAAAGGCGAUCUCCAAAUGUUGAUACCGGACUACAUGAGCUUCGAGGCCGCUGCCACAUUCGGUGUUGGCUUGACAACCGUCGGUCAGAAUCUUUACCAAAUCAUGGAAUUGCCCUUCCCCGGUGAUUCGGAAGACGUGUCAGACGACACAAGUAUCCUCAUUUACGGAGGAGCAACCGCGACUGGUACUCUUGCUAUUCAAUUGGCGAAGCUAUCGGGACUACGAGUGGUCACGACUUGCUCUGAAUACAACCGCAGCUUCAUGUUUGAGCUCGGGGCAGACGCUGUGUUUGAUUACCACGACCCACAAGUGGGUGAGCAGAUCCGAGAGGAUACUGAUGACGCACUGGAAUUUGUCCUAGAUACGGUCUCAACCCCCCAAUCGGCUGCCAUUUGCAGUGCUGCAAUUUCAUCGACGGGUGGUUCAUACAACGCUCUGCUGGAUGUACGGUCCGCCCGAGACGAUGUUGACUCACAUGUCUCCAUGGCUUAUGACAUACUGGCAGAGCCUUAUCGCAUGGGGGCGCAGGAGAAGUCUCCUGUGGACACGAACUUUGAGUUUGGCGUCCAAUGGUGGAAGUUAGCGCAGAAACUACUCGAUGAGCGCCGUAUUCUCCCUCACCCACAUCAGGUGAAGCCAGGUGGCUUAGCUGGAGCAUUGGCUGGUCUCCAGAUGUUGCGGGAAGGUAAAGUCCGAACUUCUAAGCUAGUUUAUCUCGUUGAUGGACCUCAAUGA